AUGUCGAUGAGCCCUAAGCAUACGACUCCUUUUUCUGUGUCCGAUAUUUUAAGUCCUCUUGAGGAGAGCUACAAAAAAGUAAGUAUGGAAGGAAACAGUCUGGGGGCUCCUCUUGCUUAUCGACAGCCGCAGGUCACACAGGCGGCGAUGCAGCAGCACCACAUGGGCCACAACGGAGCCGCCGUGCCCGCUGCCUACCACAUGACAGCCACCGGAGUACCACAGCUGUCCCACACAACUAUGGGAGGCUACUGCAACGGCAACCUGGGCAACAUGAGCGACCUGCCGUCUUAUCAGGACGGAAUGAGGGGCAGUACAACAGCUACCAGCUGGUACGGAGCUAACCCUGACCCACGCUUUUCUACCAUCUCUCGUUUCAUGGGCUCCUCUUCUGGUAUGAACAUGAGCAGCCUAGGCUCGUUGGCGGAUGUGGGUAAAAGCAUGGGCUCACUAAGCAGUGCGCCAAGAAGAAAGAGGCGCGUAUUAUUCUCUCAGGCACAGGUGUACGAGCUUGAGCGCCGUUUCAAACAGCAGAAGUACCUCUCUGCACCCGAAAGGGAGCACUUGGCCAGCAUGAUCCACUUGACCCCGACCCAGGUGAAAAUCUGGUUUCAGAACCACCGCUACAAAAUGAAAAGACAGGCCAAAGAUAAAGUGUCCCAGCAGCAGAUGCAACAAGAAAGUGGCUCUUGCCAGCAACAGCAGCAGCAGUCUCCGAGGCGGGUAGCUGUGCCCGUGUUGGUAAAGGACGGUAAACCGUGCCAAGGCGGCAGUCACACUCCCACUAGCGCAACACAAAACCACCACCAUCAGGGCACCAACGUCAUGCUCAUGGCCAACAGUGGUGCAAUGGGCCAGCAUCCGAGUCAACCCGUAGGCAGCGCGGGCCAGUCCCCAGAUAUGGGUCAGCACGGUGGAAGUCCUCCUUCCCUUCAGACUCAAGUGGCUGGUCUAUCACACCUGAACUCUGGCGCAGACUAUGGCACGGCCUUGCCAUGUUCCGCUCUUCUCUAUGGCAGGACGUGGUGA